AUGGUCCUGAACCGUCGUGAUCUUGUUCUGCUGGGCACCGGUGGAUUUAUUGCGUGGGGCCUAGCUGUGCGUUGGAUUCCUGUUCUGCGGUACUUAGGGUAUGCCGUCGGACUAGGCAUCCUCCUUGCGUCGGCCAUUUUGUUCGCGCUCGUUCUCCUGACCGUCCAGAAGCCGAGCGUCGCGAGGUCUACCCGCCCCAAGAACCCAUGCGUUGCUGCAGUCGCUUCUCGUCACUGGAGAGAGGAGGUGCAGGGCCUGCAAAGGCGCUCCACUUACCAGUCAGCCUCUCUCUUUCCUCCGUCCUUUGUUGUGUCGGAAGCCAUUGACGACAUACUGGCCCUUCUCGUCCGAGACUUCGUCGCUUCCUGGUACAAAAGCAUCAGCCCAAGCCCUGUGUUCGUGAACGAGGUGGACCGAGUCAUUAGAAUUGCGGUUGGCAACCUGCGCGAUCGGAUCCUGGACGAAGACCUGGUAUCUCUCGUUGUGUCCCGCGUGUUCCCCAUCUUGACAACGCAUCUCAACGAGUUUGACGUCGCCGAGCGGUCAGUGCGCGGGCGCAAUCUAACGCGAAAUGUUACCGAAUCGGAGGAACUGGACCUCGCCAUUGCGAGCAAGUAUCGCGAUGGUCACCUGCAUCCCGCUGCGGCGCUCUCGCUUGCCGACCAAAAACUAGUGGAGCAGGAAUACCUCCGGAAGAUUGCAAAUGCACUACUCCCCCAACUGCUCCCGGAGACUGUCCUGAAAAGCCGCAUCGUCUCGGUCUUGGUCAAGGAACUAUUGUCUUGCGCUGUUCUUUUCCCCGUGGUGUCAGCACUGUCGGAUCCAGAUACGUGGAACCAGCUGAUGGAGGCUUAUGGGAGGACUGCUCUCCAGGAUCGGAAAACGGUGCGUAAGCUCCGAGCGGCCUUGGACGAGCAUGCAUCUCCCGUUGCGAAGUCCAAAAACGCCCGUCAAUUUCCCCGGCUUGGCCCAAAUGAUUCCGAGCGUGCUUUUGAGCGUUUUGUCCGAGCCAUCCGCCGCUGCAAUAGUCUUUCAGAUGCCAGGCGGUUUAGGGCACUCGUUGCGAGCCAAUUGAAACGAGAGACCAUGAUUGACGGACAAGACCAGGUUUAUCUGCGACGCCUGGAAACUGGAAAGAGAGUCUUGGAUCAGAAAGUAUUCAAGCUUUCGACCAGUGGUGGUGGCGCGGUCUCGCAGGCCUCCGUGGCAACGUCGCACCUCCGCAAAAGUUCCGCGUCCCAUGAGACUUCGUUGGUGGACGUGAUGCACGAUGCUGCCGGCCUCUCAUACUUCAUGGAGUUCAUGGAUCGUCAAAAGCUCAUGUCUUUGGUACAAUUUUGGAUUGUUGUUGACGGGUUCCGCAAUCCGCUUGAAGAUGAUUUUGGCGACGAAAACUCUCCAGGCUCGACCCAUUGGACAACGGCAGACCGAAAUGAUAUAGCGUUGAUAAGUGAAACAUAUCUCUCGAAGAGCGAGCUUCAUGUGACCCAGGAAUCACGUCAAGCCGUGAGAGCGUUCCUGAACGCGGGCAAGCGGGCAACUCCUGAGCAGUACCGUAGAGCUAGAACGGUGGUUUUGACUACCCAGUCUGCUGUACUGGAUGAGCUCCAGAACACCUAUUAUCCUAAAUUCAAGCAUUCUGAUCUAUACUAUAAGUAUCUUGCUUCCGACGAGACCUCGCAUCCGCGGUCUCAUACCUCACCAGUGCCUCAGCAAGAUUCCCCUUCCACAACGGAAGCGCUCGAAAGGCGGCCUCUACCUCUAAUGGGUCGCACGGCAUCACAUCCAAGCAUCAGACCAAAAGACCUUCGGAGGGCAGCGGUUUCCUCAAGCGAUGUUCGAAGCAUGGGCAAGUUAUUUGACGAUGACGAGCCUCCACGGCGAUCCUUCGACUCGGAGCGAUCGGCUCCACUGUUUGAUGAUGAUUACGACACGGAUCCUCUUGCCAUGUCAACUAACAGUCUAGGCCGGGACUCGCAAAACGGCGAGAACGAAACGAACCAAAAUCAGGUGAUUGAAACCAUGGAAGCUGCACUGAAUGAAAUCAUCACCAGCGAGCCAAAGAAUAGCAAGCUGGAGGAUCUCAAAGGCGCCGAUUUACCUCCAUCUAGAUCUUCGAGCGAUCCAGCUUCCAAAUCUCCCCGGAGCUCGCUAGAAUCGGCGCGAGCAGAGUUUCGAGCCGAUGACAAGGCGAAGCCCAGCAUUGCCUCGCUAGGGCUUGUAGACCAGUCUUCACGUCUGGGGGUUUUUGCCGAUGAUCUCUUCCCCGACCAGCAGAAGUUCAUCGAGGAUGAAUACGAAGAACCGGUGGGGCCAGACGACAAGGAUCCAGCCGACGAGGUCCUUAAGGCUGCUCCGGGCGACCUUGGGCUAACCGAAGCGGUUGAAGCGCUCACUGCAGAUAUCGAGAAACUAGGAUCACAAGAAUCAGUGGUCGAUGCUCUGACCCGGAAGGCUGAGCUCACCAACAAUACGGCAGAACUGAGGAUUCUCCGGAAAUCCAAGGCUAGCAUUCGGCGUGAAAUGCAACGUAAGGAGAUGCAACGACAACAGUACAUCAUCCAAGAAAGUGACAACAGCCUGUAUGGUCGGUCGGCCGUUCGAAUCAAGUCCAUCGUCGUGGGCAAGGAAGAGGACGGCCGAGAAUUUGCCAUGUAUGUGGUAGAGGUACAAAGAAAUGCCGGCGAACAGAUGCCCGCGGCCUCCUGGGCUGUUGCCCGUCGAUACAGCGAAUUCCACGAGCUACACCACAAGCUACGCAUGAGGUACCCGUCGGUUCGCAACCUUGAGUUUCCUCGGCGCCGUAUGGUCAUGAAACUACAAAAGGAAUUCCUACAGAAGCGGCGGCUUGCCCUUGAAGCCUAUCUACAAAAACUACUUUUAUUACCGGAAGUAUGCCGCAGCCGGGAUCUGCGUGCGUUUCUAUCCCAGCGAGCCAUCAUUCCCCGCGACGAGAAUCCUCGUGAGGGAGAGACCAAGGACUUGGUGACUCGGAUAUACACUUCGGUUGCAGAUGGGAUGGAUGACUUUCUGGGUAAUUUCGGCGUGUUGGAUCAGCUUUCGACAGCCGGGCAGAACCUCAUUUCCGCCGCGACCACGCAGCAUCAGGGUCCUGGUUCGGAGUCCGGACUCGCCACCGAAGAUGCUGUGACGACGGCGGAGGCAGAAGCAGAGCUAAAUGCGUUUGAAGAUCGGGAGCUGGAGCCAUUCAUCAAGCCGAUUUGCGACCUAUUUCUAGAGGCGUUCGAGCUGAAUCGCGGGAACAACUGGCUGCGAGGCCGCGCGGUUGUCGUCGUCCUACACCAGCUGCUGGGCGGCACUAUUGAACGCAAGGUGCGUGAAGGGGCGCGGUCGCUGGUCCGAGACGAACCCUUACUGCGAUACCUCACCCUAGUCAAAGAAGCCCUUUGGCCCGGGGGCUCGCUGCGCCAAAGUAAAGUGCGCACGGCGUCUGAGCGGCUAAAGAGUCGUACCGAGGCCAGUCUGGUCCUGGCCACGCUGGUUCCAGAGCUUGCGGGCAACGUCGUAGGACGGGCCAAUGCGCAAGGGGCCGCGCGCCGGAUCUUCGCGACCCUGAACAACCAGCGGCUCAAUACGCACCUGGUGUUUACCAUCUUGGAUGAGAUCAUUUCCGUUCUCUUCGGUGGGGGGGACUCGGGCCGGGUGCGUUAG